AAGUUGAUCAAGAGUCACGCUGCCAUAAUAACAUCCACAGGCAAUACAGAAUUCAAGCACGCAGACCGUCAUGCCUCAAUCCGAGGAGGCGGCCGCUUUUUUCUAUGCGGUAUACAGUGCCGUGCAGGAGAUACCGCCUGGAAAAGUCACGACAUACGGCCACAUCGCCCAUCUCGUUGGACAGCCCCAGAGACCUCGCCAGGUCGGAGUAUGCCUUAAGCACCUCUCAGAAGACGACAACGCCGUGCAUAAUCACAACAAUGUCCCUUGGCAGCGGGUCAUCAAUGCCAAGGGUAUCAUCUCACCAAGAUCUGCACCAUCGGGUUCGCAGAACCAGGCUACUGCACUGAGGGCAGAGGGCGUGACGGUCACAACCGGGGCUCUCGGUGAGCUAAUGGUCGACUUCAAAGAGUAUGGAUGGUUCCCGGAGAUGCUGCCUUCUGAGGAAGAGUAGGAGGGAGCAUGAUCACUUCGCAACUGUACCUGUCUUCCAACAGAGUUGCAGCGUUGUUAGCAGUCGCUCAAUGCAAAAGUGUCUCAAUCAAUAAAGAAUAGAUUUGGGCAUUUUCAGAUAGCAGUUGGACAAUCGUUUGUCAACAUAAGAAUUCAGAACAGGUCUGUAAGGAUGUUUUGCUCAUCAUGGAAGCCACACGUAGCUGAAGCAGCGAGAAAUAUAUGAAAUUAUGAAAGACG